AUGAUGGACGUGCCGAAGCAUUACCGAAAGUACUACGUCUCGUACAAGAAGAUUAAAAGGACCAUACUGAAGAUGGGGCACAAGUACAAAAAGAAGCUCGAGAAGGACCUGAUACAAAGUGCCGCCAGGAGGGUUGACGAGCAGGGCAUAAAAAUGCUGCCCCCCUUCCUGUUCAACGACCUCAUCACCCAGGAAAUGAAAAAGAUAAACAAAUUUGCGGAAAAAAAGUACGACGAAAUUAUCGGCAGCCUGAUGACCACCUACGAGCAGCUGAAGUCGGUAGAGAGCUACCCCGGCGAAGAUGAAAGAGAAGAAAUGGAGAAGAGGAUAGACUUGAUAGGCUGUAACAUUGUCCAUUUUGAUUUUUACAUUCACAAGAAUUGCAAAAUAUUAAUGAAGUUGGGUUUUUUUUUCGACCAUGUGAUGAGCAUCUCCAUCAACCAGUGGCUGCUGCUCGGCUUGAUAAAGGAGAAGUUCUGCAACAUUAAUGUGGACGAGCUGGUGGUGUACCUCUCCCUUUUGUAUGCGCUCCACCGCGCGAGGUGUGCCACGAACGUAUGCAGCGCGUCGAAUGUGCACACUGCCGCGCACACUAACGAUGCCGCUAACGCUAACGCUGCCGCUAACAGUGGCGCGACCCCCCCAGAUGGCAAGGCGUGGGUCCCACCCGAGACCUUCGAACGCACGUCCACCAAAUUUCUGAUGAAGUACGAGGACAUCGUGUACACCAAAGUAAAAAUUGUGAAGCACCUGCCUUAUUUAAUAUUCGGUCUGAGCAACCAGGACCUGGAGGCGCACUUCCGAAGCUUCGCCCAAAUGAAGAGGCGAAAACGGUCAGAUGAAACCGGGGGAGAGGCAAACGAUACGCAGGGGAAAAACAAAGCGCUGAACGAAUCUCAACAAAUAACGUCCGUCUAUUUAGACAAUAAAGAAGCCACAUGUUACAGCAACCGAAUUUUGAGGUUUGAAAAUGCUCAGCUGAUUCGCUUCAGGUGGUACAACGAGAACGAUGGGGACCCGGAGAAGAUCAUUUUCAUUGAGAGGAAGAUUCACCACGAGGAGUGGACGGGGGAGACCUCCACCAAGGAGAGAUUCGAGUUGGAGCAGAAACACGUGUUCAAGUUUAUGACUGGCCAGAUGGACGUGCGGAGGUUUUUCCUAGAGAAGCGAACCGCACUGGGGAGGCGACCCCCCCUGGAAAAAGGUACCUCACUGGCAAGCCUGCAUAAAAAGGCGAAGAAGAACGAAGCGCUCGCAAAGGAGAUCCAAACCAUGAUAAUGCAAAACGGGUUGGAACCCAUCAUCAGAACUUCAUACCUUAGGUCGGCCUUCCAACUCAGCAACGAUAACUCCGUGAGGAUUUCAAUCGACACAAACGUAUCUAUGCUGAACGAAUACGUAAGCAAAAGAGAGCACUGGUGUAGGUUGGCAGAGGAGGCCUUACGAACAAAUGAAAUAAGGCGGUUAAAUUAUGCCAUUAUAGAGGUCAAACUGAAGGUGGAGAAAAUCCCCCACUGGGUCCAAGACAUUCUAAACAGCAACCAUUUUAUUAACGCUUACAAAUACUCAAAGUACCAAACAGCCAUGGCGUUGCUACACCCGGAAAAAAUUAAAUACAUCCCUGUGUGGGUCCAUGCAAAUGUACAUGAGAAGUUCAAGCCCAAUAAUAAUUAUGCCGAAUCAGUUUUAACCGGGUAUAGUAGUUGUGGAAAGGGGGAUAUCACCAACGUGGAUUCUGUGCAGGCAUCAGUUGGGGUGACCAUCGAAAAGGUUGGCAACGCUCCCCCUGGGGUAAGAAACACCCCGGUGAAUAGAAGAAACCAAACUGAUGCGAAUUGUUAUGCACACCAAAUGGUCAACCCAUCCUCCCCUCACUCUGUAGAAAAGUGGAACAUGCUAGACAAGACUUCCCACUGGCUUAGUAAUAAAUAUAGCGCGAAUAAAAAUGCGCAGGAAAAAAUCAACUUGCUGAAAAUCGAUCCCAAAAUAAAUUUUGCCGCGGAGAGGACCUUUCUUCAUUACUCCCUGGUCUCCGUGUACAUCACUUUGUUGGCACUUUUCUUGGAAAAAUAUAAAAAUGAAAAUCAACAUUUGGACCUCGUCAUUAUUUUGCUCCUCGCCACGUCCUUCUCCUCCUUGGUAUCGUCCUACUUCCUCUUUUUGAAGCGCAUCGAGAUUAUUGAGCGGCGAAAGACGAAGGAACCGCUGCUGGGACGCCGCCGCUUCGACAGCUUUUACAGCCCCCUCAUUUUUUUGCUCCUCCUCUUUUUCUCCAUCAUCUUGUCAAUAUAUUUCAACUUCAACGUGAAGGCGAUAAAGGUGGUGCUCUGGAACCCCCUCGCCUUUUUGUUCUCCCCCUUUCGCGUGAAGUGA